GGGCCACUCACAGUGUCAGUUUAUAAACAGCAGAAGAAGAACUAACUUUCAUUAACGCUGUCAAGAGCUCAGCUUGACUUGGAGUGACAGAAAGAGCUCAUUUGGAAAGAUGGAAGGUGAAUGUAAAGUAACGCUGGAGCCUCACACUGAAGCUGAACAGAAAACAUUUAAAAGCUCCAGGCUAACCGCGAUCCUUCUGGCAUUCAUGCUCUGCCUUGCUGCUGCUGCUGCUGUCCUUAUCUUCAACACACAUGCCAAGGGUCCAGAACCAGAUGAAAACACUUUUGAUCUUCAUCACAAACUGAGGCAGAUUUCAAACAUAAGAGCAGCCAUUCAUUUAGAAGGAGAACACAACGAGCACAUCAGUGACUCAGUGGAAUGGCGGAACCAGGUGGACCAGUCCCACUCCCAAGGUGGUCUGGAACUCAAGGAUAAUGAGAUUGUAAUUCCUCACAACGGCCUCUACUUCGUUUACAGCCAAGUAACUUUCCGAGUCAGCUGCAGCAGCAGCGAGGCUGAUGUCACCGCCUCCAAGCCCAUGGUGAACCUGAGCCACACAGUGCUGCGCAGGUCCAGUUCGUAUGGGUACGAUGAUGAGAAAACCUAUAUACCCAUCCUGCACUCGACCCGGACCGCCUGCCAGAAGACAGGCAGCACUGACCCGGAUGCUGAUGGUAAAUGGUUCUCUGCCAUUUACAUGGGAGCUGUGUUCAACCUGAGGAGAGGAGAUCGGCUGAAGACAAAAAUGGAGGAAAAUAUGUUGCAGCAACUGGAGGAUGGCACUGGGAAUAACUUCUUUGGUGUGUUUGCUUUGUGAGAUGAGGGAACUGAGGGCCAUGAACGGAGCCAUGAAGCUUCUUUAUGGCUCAGCUGCUGCUCCGCUGGAGCUCAACUACACUGCUAAACAUCAGAAGAUUGUUUUAAUAAUAUUUACCAAAGAACCAAACUACGGUAACUGUAGUAAUGACCCUGGAUGUGUGUCAGGGCUAAAUGUUGUGUACUAUGUACUCUCUCCAUGCCCGCAGUGUCAUUCGUAUUGAUUCACUGCAGAGUUCUGCUUCACUACAGGCUGAUAAGGGUGUAAAUUAUUUAUUAUAUUUAUUGAUUUAUUUAUUUGUUAUUUAUUCCUUUGUGUUUUUAUGUACUUUUCUGAUAAUUAUCUUGAAAAGAUUGAUUAAUUUAUUAAAUAA